AUGGCAUCGUCUCUCCGAAGGCCCCAGACGAUAUGCGGCGAACUCUCCAAGGCUGCAUCGCCGCGUUAUGUCUGCCACAGCUGUCGACGAAAUCUCCCAAGAUCCAGUAGUCAACCUUCUCGAGCGGUCUCGACAUUUUUGUCCUCAGACCGAAGUCGUCACAGCCAGAACUCGACUGAGGUGCAAGCACACCCAAGAGCACCCUACGCCACUAAGCCUUUCGAGAAGUACAUAAAUGUCCAGAAAAAGCAGCCGAUCCAAGACCUCAAAGAAUGGGGGCCGGACAAAGCGCCAGCGGAGUACGAGGAGGCCACGACCUGGGUAGGCAUUGAAAUUCUCGGGCAAGAGCGUCCCUUAGGGGAUUUGGAUAAAUCUACAGAUAGAUUUAAACCAUUCAUGAGGCACACGCCCGGCCAGCAAGUCAACCGCGAGUAUUUCCUGGCGCACCUCUACGAUGCUAUUGUCGAUGUUUGGGUGUGCAAGACUCUUCAGAGAAACUUUGCAGAGCUGUAUACAACGCCCCCCAACGUUUACGCUAGAGUUGCCGCUGCAUCAUCAGGUUUCGACGUCACAGAGUCUGGUACCAUUGCUGGACUGCAGAUGGACACCAAAACACUAAAGGAGGCAAUCAAGCAAGCGAUCAAAGAUAAAAAACGCAAUUCAGACAUUACAGAUGUAGAUAUCGAGGAGCUGAUGGGCCAGCUGAAGCUUGACUUUUCCGACCCGACCACAUUCGAGAUACUGAAAUAUUUCUCAUUCAUUUCCCACCACCGAGUUCCGGACCCGAUUCUCAGCAAUGUUUGGAAUAACGAUAAGCCCCUUGCAGGGUUUCUUGACCUUUUAACACGACACUACGUACAAACGGCAUCGAAAACCGUAGCCUCGACUCUGCAAGCCCGGCAAGAAAAAGCCCUCCUGGCCGCCCAGUCAGACCAGCUAGCGGAUGUGAAUAACAGCGAGACUGAACCGAAGCCGAGAAGGAAAAUCGAGCCGUUAGGACCUAACGUCAUGGUGUUGUCUCGACGAGAGACCCCCGUGGACAAAGAGAAGGAAGUCGGUCGAUGGAAGCUCAUUGAGAAAGAGCUGAUCGAGAGAGGACUACCGGUCCUAGGGCGCCGG